AUGGCGUCGACCUCCGGUACACGUGCUCGUUCAAGUGCCGUUUUUAGUGGAAAUAGCAGUUCAAGUUCUGAUUUUUCUGAGGAUAGUGAUGACAGUUGUGCCGACAAAGACUUUGUACCAAGUAAUGAUAAUACAUCGUCAGAUUCUACAGAGGAUGAAUCGCAAGAGAAUUUCACUAGACUUAGCAGGGGUAAAGAGGAGUCUCCAGAGACACCGAAGCCGACAAGAUGGAGACAUCGGGAUAAAGAAAACCAUGAACGAAACAAAAGAAAAAGGAGACGCAAUUCGGGACAUCAAUAUACGGCGACAAAAACUAAGAAGAUUAUCAAUGCGCGUGAAAUUGGUUUGCCUUGUGACUGUAAAAAUAGAUGCAGGGAGAAAUUGCAAGGUAACCAUGAGCAAUUGUUUACAAAAUUUUGGGAUUUGGGUUCAUUCGAUCUCCAAAAUAGCUAUCUGUUUGGUUGUAUAAGAGCAAAAAAUAAGAAAAGGUCAUACAAGAAAAAACAAAAGAAUAAUGUUUCCAGAAGAAAGUUUACGGCUGAUUAUUUGGUUAAUAUAGGAGACGAAGAAAUAAAAAUAUGCAAAACCGAAUUCUUGAGUGUUCACGGUCUUCAAAAAUCUCGGGGAAGAGUUGAAAGGAUUCUUAAAAUAAAGGCAGGAGGGGCUAUGGUUCCUAAACCUGAUAUGCGUGGCAAACACAAUAAUAGACACAAUAGAUAUUCGGACGAACAAAUUCAAUCUGUUAAAACUCAUAUUGAAUCAAUACCUAAAUAUCAAAGCCACUACAGCAGAGCCAAAAAUAUCGGUAAGCUAUAUCUGAACUGCGAUAUGACUAUUACUGGACUGUAUACAGAUUUCUAUGUGCCCUGGUGUAGGGAACAAAAUAUCAGUCCAGUUAAAGAGAGCGCUUACAGAAAAAUAUUCUGUACUCAAUAUAACAUAGGAUUCAAACUACCAAAAUCGGAUACCUGCAAGACCUGCGAUGAGACGGGUAUUAAAAUAAAGGCGGCAAAGGAAGCUAACAAUAUAGAGCUAGAAAAAGAGCUAACUACAUUUUUGAACCUGCACCAGGCUAGAGCUGACGCAAUGCAAAAAUUGCUCAAAAGUGAAAUAGACACACCUGAUAAAAAAAAAUUAGUAAUCUCUUUUGAUUUGCAACAAAGAAUUCACGAUUGCACAAAUAAGAAAGGUUUCAUGUAUUUGUGGACUGAAGAUCAGGCUAAGCGCGGAGCUGAUGAAGUUACUUCUGUUCUAAUGAAAUUUUUAGAAACUAAAUUAGAUUAUGAUGAACUUGUUAUUUUUACUGAUAACUGCCCGGGUCAGAAUAAGAACUGGCAGAUGAUGGCAUUUUGGUUGCAGUUAGUAAAGGAAAAAAAGUUUAAAAAAAUAACACAUCACUUUCUUGUUAGCGGUCAUUCCGUUAUGCCGUCAGGCAGAGAUUUUGCUCUGAUCGAAAAACGCCAGAGACACCGGGCUCCAGUGAUUUAUUCACCAGAAGGUUGGCUAGAUAUUAUUGAAAAAGCAAAUAAAAAAAACCCUUUUGUUGUUACAAAAAUGACACAAAAAGAUUUUUUUUCUUUUGAGCCUUUACUAACUAAUAUCAACAAAAAAGCACGUUUUCCUGACAAGCAGAAUUUAGAAUUUGCAGGAACGUACAGUUUUCUUUUUAAGUCAGAAAAUGUUGGGUCAUUUUUCGUUAAAAGUACAGUCAAUGGCGAGUACAGGGAAAUUAAUGUUUUAAAACAAGGUAGACCUGCAAUGAUAAGCUUGUCAGAUAUUAAACUUAAAUACAACGAGCCAGUAAAAAUUGCAGAAAAAAAAAUUAAAAAUAUACACACAUUAUUGCCUUAUAUACCGCCAGCCUACCAUGCAUUUUAUACGCAACUAAAUGUUGCUGUUAAUGAUUUAGACGAAGAGGUUGAAAUCUUAGAUGAGUAG